AUGGCUUCCCCCUGUUCUGGGGAUCCUGGCUCUGCAGGCCUGCCCCCUCCUUCUGUAGCCACUCCAGGUGCCGCCAGCCCGCAGGAGCUCCCCUUCCCGGACAUCUACGGCGGGGACGUGCGGCUGUGGGAGGCGCACUUCCGCGGCAUCGGGCGCGCCUACCGCGCGCUGGGCAAGGAGGACGACUUGGCCAUCCGCGUGCUCACCGAGGACUUCACGCUGCCCUUCCCGUUCGCCUGGCCGCCGGGGCCCGACCCGGCCCGCGGGCCGCUCUUCUACGACCCGCACGACCGCGCGGGCUUCGACUUCCUGCUGCGGGGCCCGGGCGCGCCGCCCCCCGCGCUGCUGCGACCCCUGCUGGCCACGGCGCAGGCGGCCGUGCGCAAGCGAAGCCUGGAGCGCCUGGCGCUGAGCCGCGCGGGCCUCGUGUUGCUCGCGCCCCCGGCCUGGCCCGGCCCCCCGCCGCCCCGAGAGUGA